UACACUUCAAACCGCAGAAAGCCUAUGCGCCUUCAUCUCGAACGCUCCACAGAUGUUACUGGAAGCCUGCAAUAGGGCCUUGUACAUUUCCAUGAUGUUGUGAUCCAACGGUGAACGGGCCCUGAAAGCAAAGAACAAUGACCAACAUGGAAGGUGUUGAACAUCUAGAUGUUUGUCUGCCGUCCUCCACGGGUGAGACCCCGGCAAGCAAAGAUGACCCAGCGAGUCUGAGAAGGCUUCUGCCGCUCAACGAGUCGUCCAUACUGGCACGCCGCCUGCUCCGCCUGCAGCCAUACCACAAUUCUCUCUUACCCAACAGACGUCGCAAGCGAGAGAUGACACCCUCUGAAAAAAAAGAUGCUUCGUAUUGGGUCAAGCGGAGGAAAAACAAUGAGGCUGCGAAGCGUUCCAGAGAAAAGCGCAGAAUGAACGACUUCAUGCUGGAAGGUCAACUCGUAGCGCUAAGCGAGGAGAAUGCUCAACUCAGAGCGGAGGUGUUGAGUAUGCAGUAUCACAUGGGGAUUGGACGAGGUCUGGAUCCGAAUUAUACCAUGAUGCCCUUUCACUUUCCAAGUUCAUCGCAUCUCAAGUGGGGUCUUGCUGGUACAAAUGCUCCCAUUUCAAGCGAAGCAUCAGAGAUGUACCACUGUUGGCCACAUCUUGGAAACUGCUCCGGUCCAUCCAGUAGCUCCUCCCAAUUCAUUCCUCCCUCACGGAUGGCAAAUAAAAAUGCCAGCGCACCUUCACAGGUCAGCCACUUAAACGACAAGUUGUCAGAGCGGUGUAUCCCCAAUGCUGACUCAUUCGAAAGAGACCCUGCAGCUAACCCGCAGGUCUCCUCCAGCAAUGACCCACCAAGCAACCCGCAACCAUUUCAAGGUCAUAGAGCAAUCGCGUCUUCUUUACAUCCCCCCUCAUCGCCUCCUCCCCAAAGCUGGCAUCUUCCUGGAAUAAAUCAUUCUGCCACCCAUCACCACAACCAGAUGUUACCCUGGGGCUUGUCUUCCCUCCGCCCGUCUCCACUUCAUCCCAGCUGGCAGCUGGGAGCGAGAUCCCUGUGGAACUUCAACAGCAGAUUCAACAUGCUUCAGUAUCUGCUGAGAUCUCACAACUGUGAAGAACCCGAAACCCCAAGAACUCUUAAGUGAUGGAGCCAUCAUGCUGUCCAAAAACAAAUAUGUGACUAGUCUGCUAUUACAGUAAUGUUAAUACUUAAUGUAGUGAUUUGCAAACUAAUUGCUUCAUACAAGCUAGCAAAAAUCGCAAGUAUAUGUUUUGUUCAUAAUGUUUAAUGUUAUGUUUAUGAAUUUGUUGUCUGUGGGUUUUAAAAACCUCUAAUAAAAGAUUUUUUUUAAAUGUUUAA